CUUGAAUUAGAAGAGCUCGAAAGGCAGGCUAUUGAGGAGUUACAGCUCCUUGAAGUAGAGAAGACGCGGACCUCAAACGAAGCAUACAAAGGCUUUAAUAAUAACAUCCAGGCAAGGCUAUCGAGCGAUAUCAGCGGAUGUGAGCCGCUUACAAGUCCAUUACAGAUUUCUGAUACACCGAGGAAUUUGAAAACAAAGGAUUUAACAGACCAAUGGCUAAGGGCUACACCCCAAAACCACAUGCGCGUAACCAUACGCAAUAAGACACCAAUUGCAAGUCCGUUGGUUACACAUUUGGGGACACAUAGGGUACUAGACCCUAGAUAUCGUGCAAUAGCUAAUCCUCGUCCAUUAGUUAACCAAGCUAGUGGUUUUGAAGACCCUACUGUUCACAAAGCACCAAAAGCUACUUCUUUUGUGAACCAAGCUAGUCAAAGUCUGAUUGGUGUGACACGUCCAAUGGAGAGUGGUAUUCAAGUUCCUGCAGGUUACACAGCACCAAAACCUACUCAUUUUGUGAGUCAAACUGGGGCCCUUCCAGUGGACAGAACAGCGCCCUUUACUCCUACACAACAAGUAGUUCAAACGCCUGUGAUGAAUGGUCCACUAGACAAUGGACAACCCUUUGGUUUACUGAGUUCUAUCAAGAAAAGCGCCUCUAAAAUAGGAAACAAAAGACCCCAUUUCUCAUCCGUGGCCUCGAAUCCAUCAUUCCCCAAGUCCUUAUCCUGGAGUGAUACUUUCUACAGCUCUACUCCUGGCAUCGAGGUGGUAACCUCUUCAUUUCAGGAACAGUCGACCACCUCAAAUAAGUAUCCUAAUUACCGUAGCGUACACAAGGAUGGCUUGCUAACCAAUGUUUACCAACCUCUCAAUAUACUUACUGCAAGUAAUCCGACCAUUGUCCGUGACAAACGUUUUUAUAAUCCUAGUGAGUUACCUUCGAGCACCAACUAUGGCAACGAUUUUAAUGAGCCUGAAGAAAAACCUUUGACCAGCAACUUUUACCAGCCAGCAGAACGAUCUUUCAACCAUCACCAUGGCAACGCUUUUCAGAAGCCUGCAGGAAACGAUUUGACCAGUCUCCAUGGAAACAAUUAUUCCAAGCCCGCAGAAAAACCUUUGAUCAGCAAUAACUACCAACCUACAGAACGAUCUUUCGCCCAUUUCCAUGGCAACGCUUUUCAGAAAACUAGAGGAAACGAUUUGACCAGUCUCCAUGGAAACAAUUAUUCCAAGCCCGCAGAAAAACCUUUCGCCAGUCACUAUGGCAACAAUUCCUACAUGCCUGCAGAGAAACCUCUGGUGAGUCUCAAUGAAAGAUCUUUAUAUGGUGGUAAUAGUUCGAAUAGGUUGCAUCUAGGAGUAUCCGGAAAUGAUAAAGUACAUAGUAAUGGAGUCAGUGGUCCAUCAUGGGGUGGUGGCCACACCCAGAAGGCAUUUGCUUCUGCGCCUGUUGCUACAACUAACCAUGUACAAAGCAAUGGUCACACUGGAAGUAACUCUACUUACACUAGCUGUUUAACCAUGGGCAAAGGAACAGUGGUAUCCAUACAUAGUCCAGGAUUUAUGCGCCAACAACCACCGCUUCACUCGGAUACAAGUUUUAGUACAAAGCCUGAAAUAUUAAACACUGCUAACAUAUUCAAUACAUCCCGUAUCUAUCCUAAUAUUAACGACAGUUUGUCCCUUCGCUCUGCUGUCGGACCUUCUGGCUUCCAUAGAAGAGAACCAGUCAUGAUUCUACCUGAAGUAACUUCUACAUUGCCCAGAACAGGAGAGGAAGCCUUACCUAAAGAAAACUCCACUUCAUACCAGAACAAAAGUGUAGAUGUGCGCUUACCAAGAUCAAUCGAGACGCGCAACACCCUGGCGCAAGAAGCGUUACUGGAUACAGAGGUGGCUUUGUAUACUACAUUAGGUGUGAGAAUCAAGAAAAAGUGCACACGAGACUUAUCCAACCCAUUGGCAAAGGUUUUUGAAGAAGGAGAUUCUCAACACAUCGUACCUAUAUGUGUAUGCAGCGAUAAAAUAUAUUGUUCAGUACAUCCAUUCCUUUGAAGCCCAAUACUCGUUAGAAGAGAAAACUGGAAAUAGUUAUAUGAAAUAAGGGCAAAAAUGGCAAAGAUAUUUGAAGUCUUAGAAUGGAGAAUCAAGUCUCGUUUUUGUAGUGGAGAAAUGAGGGUGUUUUUGGCAUGGCAAAGAUACGUGAAGCUGUCUUAAAUUGGAUAAUUUACGGUACAUCUGCUAUGCUGAUGAUACUAGAAGUCAAAGAGAGAAGUCUUAUUUUUGUAGUUUAGAAAUCGCAAGGGAGGAUCCAGCCAAAAUUUUGGG